AUGCCACCUCGUCCUCAGGCGCAGCGGCGCAAUCCGCAGGCGCAAAAUGAGCAGGUUUACGAGCUCGGUGUCCAAGGACGGAAAACCGGUGUUACGCUCACAGAUACUGGCGAGCGCGAUGAAUAUGGAAUGGAACCAGCUGAUAAUAUUUUCUCCUCCGAUCCCGAAUCCGAGGACGAACAAGACAUGGAUAUCGAUGAGGCUUCUACCAUGGGUCCCGCGACCGUCAGCCGCAAAGCCAGGGAAAGACUAUCGAUUCCCAAGGCGCGAUCGCCAGGCAAGACCUUUUUGAAUUCACCAGCGCGCCACAACCCGCACGUUGCACGCACGUCCUCGCCUAUUCGUGGCAGCUAUGCUGAAGAUGGGGAGGAGCAACCCAGCCCCGCCAAGUCUCCCAAGAGGCUACUGGACUUUUCCAAAAGUCCAAAGAGGAAGCCCGUCGCCAAUGGCCACUCGCAGGCAAAGAGUUCCAGUCAAUUUGCAAAGGGGGCAAGUCAGGCUUCCAAAGCGCUGGGAACAAAGCCAUCAAGGGUCAACGGAUACGUGCAUAACGAAUCCGACGAGGAGCCCACUCCGCGACGAAAAAAGCAGCGAUCUCCUGAAGUGGAGGAAGAAGAGGAGGAUGAGGAAGAGGAAGAGGAAGAAGAUGAGCCAAUGGACUUCCUCAACGCUGAUGGAGAUGAUGUUGAGCAGGACUCAAUACGUGACGAGUCGCCUGAAGAGGAAGAUGUUCCAGAAGAAGAGGAAUCAGAAGAAGAGCCUGCGCCAGUCGAGAAACCUCAGCCAAAGAAGCGUGGUCGCAAGCCCAAGGCAGUUUCACCGCCUGUAGAGGAGGAGUCGGAACCAGAACCGGAACCAGCGCGCGAUGCAUCAGAGGAGCACGAGGAGCCUUCCAAGAAGAAGCGCGGCCGGCCCGGCAAGAGACCUUUGGUGGAAGAAGCUGAACCCUUGAAACCUGCGAAACGGCCGAAAGGAAGGCCAUCUUUGACAAAGAAUAAAGACCGCCCGGAUCAAGGAACGUCGAGUGCGGCAGAAGUGCGCAAUGUCAAGAAAGCAAAGGCCGCCCCGAAACCGAGUGAGAGCAAGGCCAAGGCUCCUCAAGCGCCUCAAGCAGUAGCAGCAAAAGCCAAGCCCGGUCGGAAACCAAAGAUGACGGAUGUGGAUGCAGAGGAUCCAGGUGCUGUGCCGCGCCGCCCACCAAUGCCAAAAAGACGCAGUCUGGUCAGUCAAAGACGCGAUGAAUUCGAAGUCAAGACGACCCGAUCUGGUAGGGUGUCUACCAAGCCGUUGGAAUUCUGGCGAGGUGAGCGCUAUGACUAUGACGAAGAGGAAGAUGACGAGGAGGUUAUUGAAGACAAGAAUGGCCGUCGCAUCAAGAUCGGCUCCAAAAUCAAAGGUGUUGUGCGGGUUGAGUAUGACGAGGAUCAACCUAAAAGACGUCGGGGCAGGCCUGCUUCUGGUUCUGGUUCUGGCGGUCCAGGUAGGCGGCACAAGCGACGCGUUUCCGAGAUUGAGGAGGAAGAAGAAGAAGAACGCCAAGAAUGGGAAGACGAACCAGGUCGAAUGAUUGGCGAAUGCAUCUAUUGGCAUCCCGAAUAUGAACUCAACCCACCACAUGACGACGAUCAGGUAGAGGUUGCCGAAGAAGAGCUUGCCAUAUCAGAAUCGGCGAUCCAGAUGAAGGACAUCAAGGACGCCACAUUCCGCUUCGCCAAGACCAUGACUCUACCAUUUUUCGGUUCGGGUAUUGUCGACUUGCCGCCUCAAUCGGAAAAGCGUACCAAGAAUGCCAGAAAGAUGCAAAUGGUCUUUUUCGUACACUACGGCAAUGUGGAGGUGACUGUCGCAUCAACCACUUUUAGGAUAUCAAAGGGCGGUACCUUUUUCGUUCCUAGAGGAAAUCACUAUAGUAUUAAAAACGAUACGGAUAGGCCUUCGCGGCUGUUUUUCUGUCAAGGAUGCGAGGUAGCACCGCCCCCUGCAGAUAGCCAAGAAAUGUAG